AUGCAGGCUAAUGGGAAUGAUCCAUUUUUUUCUGACAAGAUGACGGAAACGAGGUGUGUGUGUGUGUGUGUGUGUGUGUGUGUGUGCGGCGCGGGCCGCCGCGGGCGUGAGGCGCGCGAGGAACGCGAGGGACGCGAGGAGCGUCGAUUCUCAAGCCGUGAACGCGACUCCCGCUCGAGGUCCAUGCAAGAGCGCCUCUCCUAUCGAGACGAUGACCGGCGUCGGCCGGGCCGCAACGAGGAGGACCGGGAGCGAGAUGACGGUCAAGAGCAGGAGCGGCCGCGAGACCCUCAGCGUGUACCGCGACGUGGCUACUUUUACGACCAUGAUGACCGUGCGCGAGGACGCUUUCAUGGUCGCCGCGAGGGUUCGAACCAGGCACCGCUGAAGCUACCUCAUCUGCCUGCCCGAUGCUACCUCCUGGUGCUAACCAAACGUGUCGCCCAACUUGACAGGAGGGCGGUAUGCCACGGGCACCCCACAACAGGCACAUGUCUAUCACACGCGCAGUGUCUCAACGAUCCCUGUGCCGUUCAUACGCAGGAGCUGCAAGCAGAGGCCGCAAACACGGCCGAGCCCACAACUGCCGGGGAGCGUGCCGCUCAAAACGACAAUGCUAAGACUAGCCCCAUGGCCGAGUCAGGGGCAUCGCCAGCCCGCCGGGGUGAAGAUGAAUGA